GAUUGUUUUAGUUGAAGAUCUUCUUGUUCAUAUUUCCUUGUUAAUUUUUUUUGUUUCCAAAAAGUUUUAUUGUCACCGGAUUGAAACACCAGAUCCUGCCAUGUGUGUUUAUGCCCUACUAUUAAGUAGCCUUUGCCUUGCCACCAUUGUUCAAGCCCAGCAAUGUUCUACACCCAUUGGAGGACCAAACAUGAACUUAAGAGAUGACUACAUCACCCAGGAGACAUUUGAGAAUGGGGCUGUGGUUUAUUUUAAAUGUAAUGUUGGCUACGAACCUGCUGGAGGAUCUGGAAAGAUCACAUGCACCGCUGGCUUGUGGAGUCCUGUGCUGCUGGAAUGCCAGAAGAAGAGCUGUGGCGCUCCUCCAGAAGUGGAGUUUGGUCAAUAUGGGGACACCACGGCUGAGUUUGGUGAUACAGUUAAAUACGAGUGUAGACAGGGUUACAACCUAGUUGGAAAUUCAGUUUUAAGGUGUGAAGACGAGGGAUGGGGAGGCAGAAAACCGACUUGUGAAGUGAUUCGGUGUGUUACACCAGAUGGAGUUGUAAAUGGUACAUUUACACCACUGGAAGAAAACUAUGAAUACAACAGUGUUGUGCAGUAUGACUGCAACAAAGAUGUUGUGCGCAAUGGAUCAAGUGAGUUAGUCUGCUCUGAAGAUGGGAAAUUCCAUCCUGACCCUCCAACCUGUGUCUGGGUCGAAUGUAGGGAUCCUGUAAUUACACAUGCUGUCUACGAACGAGGUUCUCGUCCUCCACACAGAUACAAGGCCAGCGUGACAUACAGCUGUGAAAAUGGAUACAAUUUACAUGGAUCGUCUACCAUAACCUGCACCAUAGACAGUCAGUGGUCUCCAGCGUUACCAAGCUGCAUAAAACAUUCAGUGCCAACUAAAGCUGCUACCACCACAACUACUACUACUACCAUCACCACCACCACAACCCCCUCAGAUGGUGGACAUUCUUUUCCAUCAUGGGUUAUUGCUGUGAUUGUUAUAGUUAUCAUCAUCUUGGUCGUCAUAUUCUUCAUCUAUCGAAAGAAACGCGCUCAGAGACGUCCUACUGACAAAGAGGCUGCAAAACAUGGCGAGGAUGUAGCGCUCUCGUAAGCACCGCAGUCCUGUUGGUCCAACACUUCUGAUGGUGAAGGCGUCAUCUUGAGAGGAGGAUUGUCUCUGGACCAGUCUGUUGAUGGACGUGCUUCCAAAGAGCCUCUGUGGAAAUCUGCUUCUUCAGGGCUGCAGUCUGUGAUUCAGACACUUUUCAAUUUAUUCUCGCUUCAUCUGUUAAAUCUCUCUCAUUCUACAGCUUUUACUCAUAUCCACUGUUUCCAGUUUGAAUUGUCUGGACAUUAUUGAACUCUGCAUUUAUUUGGGAUGUUUGAAUUUAAGCAGAGCUCAGCCUGGAUGCCAGGCCUAAAUAAAAUAGAACAUCUUAAAGUGUUUUAGGGAAAAUCUGUUUGUUCAAUACGUACUUAACUCACAAACAUCAUGUCUGCGCAGAAAGUUUUGGCCUAAUUGAGAAAUUGAUAUUCCACCUGUAGUGUAGCGAGGUUGUAGGGAGCUUUUCAAGAAGAAAGAAAAAAAGACCUCCUAUGGGAUAAAGCCACUCAGUCUUAAUGUUCAUUAUUUAAAUACCAAACCAUAGUUUUAUCUAAAAUGGUUAUAAAAUUAGUGCCUAAUAAAAACCAUGCCAUAUGGUAUGAGCCUGAAUGUAUAAAAGCUGAAUGCUUUACUUUAUGUGUGUUUAUUUUUGUAGUUGGUAUAACAGCAGCUUGGUGUUUGUGUUUUUUAAUGUAUUAACUUUGUGACCUUAUUUUUAUUGUUUCGGGAUAUUGGCCAAUUAUGUUGCAGAUAUUGUUACCAUUUUUCCAAUCAGUAAAGUUUUUUUCUCUCUCUCUUUCACUGCAACACCGUUAACAUCCUGGUUAGCCACAUACUGUCUAGAAGAUGAAUUGUUUUAAUAUUAAGACUUCAGCACUGAUUUUGGUCACAUUGAAAACUAUUUAUGAAGAUGAUCUCAAAGAAGUUUGAACUUCCUAUUUAUUAAAAUGUUUCAUUUUUUUUGUGAAGGCAGUUGUGAAACUAGUUUUUCUUUCUGGAAUUAAAGGAAAAAUGAAAAGUAA